GUCAACAUUUAUUUAUAAUGCAAUUAUAUUUACUCUGGUGAUAAAGGAACUUUAUGAUCAUCUGGGGAGUAAAUGCUUGGCAGAAAAUAAACAGAUAUUUUUAUUAUUUCUGUAUCCAUUCUUGGUGGCUGUGUGUUGGGGGAUGGUAAGAAUGAAAGUUAAAUAGAAUAGCCAGCAAUGAUAAAUCAAUUUAAAGUAGAUGCGACAGUUUGGCCCAUAAUUUCCUUUGGUUUUGGGAGUUUGAUAGGUUUGUUGGAUUCGUAUCUGUAUUGUUAUUUAAGUUUGGUAAGGAGUGUCAGAUGGGUUGGGUUCAGUUUGGAAUUGAAGAAGGAGACAAUCGAGAUGUCGCCUUUAAGUUGAAUAUGUUUUAAAUGAUAUGGUGA